AUGAGGGAGUGCAUCUCGAUCCACAUCGGACAGGCCGGAAUUCAGGUCGGCAAUGCCUGUUGGGAGCUUUACUGUCUCGAGCAUGGCAUUCAGCCUGAUGGACAAAUGCCCAGUGAUACCACUGUUGGUGGAGGUGACGAUGCCUUCAACACAUUCUUCAGCGAGACUGGUGCAGGCAAACAUGUCCCCCGAGCAGUGUUUGUAGAUCUCGAGCCAACAGUGAUUGAUGAGGUCCGCACGGGCACAUACCGCCAGCUGUUCCACCCCGAGCAGCUCAUCAGCGGCAAAGAGGACGCGGCCAACAACUUUGCCCGGGGCCACUACACGAUUGGCAAGGAAAUCGUGGACCUUUGCCUUGACAGGAUCCGUAAGCUUGCUGACAACUGCACUGGCCUUCAGGGCUUUCUCGUCUUCCACGCUGUGGGUGGCGGCACUGGAUCUGGGCUCGGUUCCCUCUUGCUCGAGAGGCUCUCUGUUGACUAUGGCAAAAAAUCGAAGCUCGGGUUCACAAUUUACCCUUCCCCCCAGGUCUCGACAGCUGUUGUCGAGCCUUACAACUCGGUUCUUUCCACUCAUUCCCUCCUCGAGCACACUGAUGUCGCUAUUCUUCUGGAUAAUGAGGCAAUUUACGACAUUUGCCGCAAGUCUCUUGACAUCGAGAGGCCGACCUAUACAAACCUCAACCGGCUCAUCUCUCAGGUGAUAUCUUCACUAACUGCUUCACUGAGAUUCGACGGUGCCCUGAAUGUUGAUGUGAAUGAGUUCCAAACCAAUCUUGUCCCGUACCCAAGGAUCCACUUCAUGCUCUCAUCUUACGCGCCCGUUAUCUCAGCUGAGAAGGCCUACCAUGAGCAGCUUUCCGUGGCUGAGAUCACAAACACAGCCUUCGAGCCCUCGUCUAUGAUGGUCAAAUGCGACCCGCGCCAUGGAAAGUACAUGGCUUGCUGCCUCAUGUACAGAGGCGAUGUAGUCCCGAAAGAUGUUAAUGCUGCUGUGGCCACCAUCAAAACGAAGAGGACCAUUCAGUUUGUCGACUGGUGCCCGACUGGAUUCAAGUGUGGAAUUAACUACCAGCCACCGACUGUUGUCCCAGGCGGGGAUCUUGCGAAAGUUCAGAGGGCUGUGUGCAUGAUUUCAAACUCGACAAGUGUUGCUGAGGUUUUCUCGAGGAUUGACCACAAGUUUGACUUGAUGUAUGCUAAGCGUGCGUUUGUGCAUUGGUAUGUAGGUGAGGGUAUGGAGGAAGGAGAGUUCUCAGAGGCUCGGGAGGAUUUGGCUGCUCUGGAGAAGGAUUAUGAGGAAGUCGGGGCUGAGUCGGGUGAAGGUGAGGAUGACGAACCGGAGGAUUAUUGA